AUGAAUAUAACGGAAAAACCGACAGCGUUCUUCGUGUGCAAGUUUUUGUUCUUUUACUACAUUUAUAGAAAGCCGUUCCUUCCGUUUGACCCAUUGGUAUGCAAAAUAAACAAUAGGAAGAUUCCCCACGUGUGUGUCAUUCAAAUAUUAGGUCUAAGUCAUUACGGGCAGAGCGUCUGCUUGUAUGUGCACGACUUCUUCCCAUUCUUUUACGUUUUAAUACCCCCGGAGGAAAAAUCAAACACAAAUCUCGAGCUCCAACUAUGCCAAUUUUUUGAGGAACAAUAUGGCAAAGAAAAACAAGACAAGACGCAAAAUGUAUGCAUAUACAACAUCGAAAGGGUAAAAAAAAAAUGUAUUUAUGGUUACAGCGAAGAGCCAGAAGAGUUUUUAAAAAUAUACUUUCUAUACCCACACACAAUUAAUUAUUUCGCCAGUUUACUCAAAAAGAAGUUAUUUAAAAAUCGAAUUUGGGACCUGUACGAGGUGCAUAUCAGUUAUAUGCUCCACUUUCUGUGCAGCAAAAAUAUUUAUGGCUGUUCAGAAAUUUAUGUUGACAGAAAUGUUUUCUUUCGAAGAGAGUUUUUUAGCGAAAUAAAUUUUGAACAUAUUAAUAAAGAAGAAAAAUGGAAUGUGAAAAAUAAAUGCGACGUGGAAUGUAUACAGGGGAAUAAAUACUUAGACGUGAAUGCUCCAAGAUUUUUUACAGACAAGACGAAAAAUGUUAAUUUUUCGAGUUUAAGAAGAGGAACAUCAUGCGACAUCGAGUGUGACAUACGACAUGAACAUAUAUUGAAUCGUCAGAUUUAUUCCUAUGAGUUUGUAAAAUAUCGGAAAAAAUGGAGGGAAGAAUUGAACUUUGAUUUACCUAUCAAUUAUUUGGACUCCUUUGCGAAACUGUGGAUGAAGGAGAAGAAAAGGUGCCAAAGGAUAAACCCCCCUUUGGUGAAGGACAUUUUUAAUUUUGACGAUUUUGAAAAGGAGCGGAACUUUGCCUCGUUUGAUGUGCUGACGGAGAGGACGAAGAAGCUCUUUGCGGAUUUUUUGAAGUCGCUGGAGGGGGGCGUCCCGGUGGACGGGGUUAACAGUUAUGUGAGCGGGGUUAGCAGUCAUGUAAACGGGAUUAGCAGUCAUGUUAACGGGGUUAGCAGUCAUGUUAACGGGGUUAGCAGUCAUGUGGACGGGAUUAGCAGCCAAGCUAAAUCGGCUUGCGCCUACCUAAACGAAGCAGAAAAAGGCGACUUGAACCCACAUGGGGAAAACAUCCCCAGUAAGGGAGCAACCAAAAUGACGCAGGAAAAGAAGCUUGACGAGGGGAAGCGAAAACAUAUAGCUUCAUUCGAAAUUAACAAUAAGAGGAAGGAUAUCAUUAGGUAUGUUCAUACGAAGAAGCCACCGAAGAUAAGGGAGUGCUUCGCAAUUUUGAACAACCUGAAUGGGACAGAAAGGAAAGGGGAAGAUGAGGAGGGAACGAAAAAUGGCGCAGUAAUAAUUAACGAGACAAGCCUAAAAUGUGUAGGGAAAAUUUGCCAAAAGGGAUCAGUCCAGGAGGACGAUCCCCUCACCGCAUCAGACGGGAAGACGCACCAAAAGGAAGGGAAGAAAAAAAAAAUGAACAUCAAGUAUGGAAAUAUAUUUUUCCUUGAAAUUCUCACAGAAGUGAAAAGAGAAAAUCACAACUGUUCUAACUAUAGGGAGGAUGAAAUAAAGGCCAUAUUUUAUCUGGUCAGAGAUGAGAGACUUAUGAAUUACUACGAAGAUUAUAGUAACUGCAUGGGUAUAAUAGCUAGUCAGCCAUUCCCUGAUAUUUUCCCCUACUUGUUGAGCAAGCAGGAAGGAGCAGUUCCAAAAGGGAAACUCCACCCAGGGCUUGAAACAUGCAGCGAUGGUGCGUAUAUUCAUAGGGACCUGUUCGAGGGGCUACCUGGAGGGGACGACACGGAAGGGAUGAAACAUGCUCAAGAACAAGAAGUGGAAGAGGAAGAAAAAAAAAAACGGGGACUUCAUUUCGACGUAAACUACAGUAAUGUCAAUAUCCACAUCGCGGAAAAUGAAAAAGAUCUUAUAAAAAAGUUGAUCGAAAAAAUAAAUUUUUACUCUCCACUAAGUAUAGUGUCUUAUGAAAACGACAAGUACAAUGUUAGCUACAUAAAUCAGAGGUGUCUGGCACUAGACAUGGGUAGUUUUUACACACACAUUAGCAAGACAAAUGACCAGGAAGAAUUCACAGGGGUAAAUAAUGCGUAUAAUAAAAAUAUAAAAGGGAUACUUAUCGAAAGCUUGUAUAAAUUGUCAAAGGUUUCAAACACAUCUUUUGAAAAUUUGUGCAAACAUUAUUUGGAUGUGAAUUUGCCCUCCAUAAGUAGGUACACUUUGUAUUGCUGGUAUAGCUACGUUGGAGGGGAAUCACGAAAUGGUGGCAGAGGUGCAGGGGGGGGUGGUCUUGUGGGCAGUGUUGUUAGAAACGGUGUGAUCGGUGGAGAUCCCCCGUAUUACCCAUACAGGCACCUAACCGUGCGGUACCAUUUGAAGAAAGUUCACUUGCUCCUCCUCAUAUACGACACAAUCGGGUACUUGAAAAGUAAGAUGAAUUUUUGCAAAUACGUUCACGUAGAUUUAUUGUCCCUAAUAAACAGAGGGUCACAAUUUAUUACUGAAUCCUUUCUCGUGAAAUUGUGCAUGCAGAAUGGCUUCCUUAUGUACUCUCCCUCAAAGAAGGAGAUAAUGGAGCAGAGACCUAUUUUACACUUCCCUUUGGUGCUGCAGCCGAAGAGCUCCAUAAACUUUUUCCCCCUGAUGGUCUUCGACUUCCAAUCCCUUUACCCCUCCAUUCUGAUUGCGUUUAACAUUUGUUACUCCACCUGCUUGGGAACGCUGUCCUUCAGGAGGAGGUCCGAUGGGAAAACGUCAGAAGGAAAUCAACAGGACCAGCAGGGGCAGCAAAAGCUGGUAGAGAUAUCCUUGGGGAGGAGCAUCCCCGUGGAAGGUGUCCUCGAAGAGGGGGGGGUGCCCCAAUCCCGUGACGUCAACUGGUCUGGUGAUUUACUUGACGACUUGAAUGUCCAGAGGGAGACGGAGUCGACUGACCCUUCGGAUAACUCGAAUGGGGCGUCUAGCCACGUGGAGGAUAACCCAGACGAUGGAUCAAUCGACGGGGGAGUCGACUACUUCCAAGGGGGAAUAACGUCCCCCGAGUGUGAACCUUUUUCUAAGGAAUUAUGUAGCUCCUCCAAUGGAGGGCCAAAAGCGGGGGACGUUAUUCCCCCGUCCAACCGUCCAGAGACAAGCCACCCAAGUGAAGAAAAAAUUUCUGCGUUAGGGGAAAACCUCCCCAAUUGUGAAUUCAUAAGACUAGGAGUGAGGAAGAACCCACCGAAUGUAAAUAACUUAGUGAAAAAGUUAAGAAGGGAUGAUAUACUCAUAACAAGCAACAACACUGUGUAUGUGAAGAAGCAUAAGAGGAAAGGAAUCUGCACCAUUUUAAUGGAAGACCUUUUAAAGACAAGAAUAAUGAUGAAGAGGUGUAUUCAAAUUUAUGAUAAGAAAAAAGGAAAAAGGUUAGAAGAAAGAAUGGGGAAAUUAAAAAUGAUACUAAAUGUGGCCACAGGUUAUAUAGGAGCUAACUUUUCAGGAAGGAUGCCAUGUGUGGACAUAUCAGAGAGCAUCAUUUGUACUGCAAAGAAUUCGCUCCUUUAUAUUAUAGAAUAUAUAAAGGAAAAUUAUGGGUAUAUUAAAGUUGUCUAUGGGGAUACAGAUUCCAUUUUUUUGUUAAACGAAAAGAACGAUAUUAGCUACACUUUUAGGAUAGCCCAAGACAUUUUAAAAAACGUGAAUGGCAUUUUGCCUUCUCCCAUGUAUUUAGAUUUUGAAAAAAUUUAUUGCCCCUCCCUUUUGAUGACCAAAAAGAGGUACUUUGGAUUUGCUUACAAAAAGGAGAAUGAUGAGAAACCUACGUUGCAGCUUAAAGGGGUGGAAAGCAUGAGGUCAGAUCAGUGCAAUUUAGUGAAGAAUGUUCUUCUGCAGGUAUAUUUUAUGUUUUACUAUUUUAGGAAUUGUUGUUACUUGUCCUCCUGUUGCUGUUGUUGUGCCAUGUGUAGGAACUUUUUCCCCAAUUUUGUGUGCUCCUGUAGGGAGUUCAACGUGCAUAGGACGUCCCCAUGUUUCUUGGCGGAGACGGUGGAGGCGAUUCUGCGCGUGUGGGGGAAGGGUGAGCAUAUGGAAAAGGAUGCCCUUGUAGAGGUGGAAGCGAGUUUUGGGGAACCCCAAACGGAGGAACGAAAAAAUAAAUUAUACGACCUCCUCAUAGGCCUUAUAAGCAGCGAUAAGAAUAACGCCAUCCUCAAGUGCAUAAAUUAUUUGUACAAAGAAAAGUUCGCCUUUCUGUGGGACAUAUUUACCCACUUUGACGUGUCUCUUUUCAAAAUGGAAAUAGAAAAAAUGAUCGAACAGGAUUAUGAGAAGAUUAUUAACCAGACAAAUGACUGUUGUAUUAUGAACCCAAAUAAUAUAACAAAAAUUUGUCUCUGUGUGAAGGAAAUAAAUGCAAAGAAGAAAUGCGAUAAGGGGAAAUGCUUCUGCAAUGUUAAGCAAGCUUUUCUGUUCUUCCCUCCCAAUGGAGUUAGCGAAAGUGGGACGGGCGCUGUCUUUGGCAUGAAAGCAUUCUACUCCCACCUGAGCAUAAACAUAAAGAGAGUACUACGUGAUUUAUUUAACAGAAUAUAUGGCGAUAAAAUUUCUUAUAAUAAUUUUAUUAUAUACAAGAAAGUGAAGUUGGGAACGUACAAAGGUGAAUUGGAGUGGAACGAAAGGAAAGUACCCCUGCCGCCUCAAGCAGUUGUGGCAAAGAAGCUUCUAAAAAUGAAUCCCCAUUUGGUCAUUACUUAUAAGGAGAAGAUUCCUUUUGUGGUUACGAAAAAGUUGAAGGAGGAUAAAAUUUACGACUCCGUUGUACAUCCUUCCUGCAUCAGGGGUAUUUACAAUUGUGCUAGGGGGGUUCCCACAGUGGACACGCGAACGGGGGAACGGAACCUUCCAGGUGACGUGUCCCCCCCGCAGGGUAAUCAACUCCUGCGUAGCAAAUUCCCCCAAUAUAAUCAAACGAAAUUGAAAGAAAUAAACUUCGACUAUUAUAUUCAAAAUUUGGUUAUACCCCCUUUGAAGAGAAUGCUGGAUUUGCUCCCCUACGGCUCGCCCAAUUUAGAGGAAAUUUUUUACACAACGAGGAGGAAGUACAACUGGGGAAAAGCCAAAAUUGGACUUUUCAAGAAAAAUGCAGAGAAGCUUGAUAAAAGUCCGUUAAAGCGAAACGAUCUGUCCAACGUAGGAGGAAACACAUCCGAGGGGUGGAAAAGGGUCGAAGGGGGAGGGGGACAUGGUGAGCCGCUCCUCCAGCGUGAACCGUUCCACCACGACACGGCAAACGGUAAAGUAAAAACGGGCGACGCAGAAAACGCCAAGGCUAGGACACAAAUAAUUCAAAGUUAUGCAGACGUGAGCAGGUCACAGAAUAUGGUUAAGCGCCUGAACAAAAUUUGCGCCCAUUGUGCCAACUCCGAAGUGGAGGCGUUGGCCUGCCAGUACGCGGUGCACUGUGAUGUGUUUUUUAAAAAGGUCAUUUUGCAGGAACACAUUUCGAAGGGUGAGGAUACGAUAAGAAGUUUGCUGGGUUCCCCUGGGGGGGGUAAGUAA